AUUUCACCUGCGUAGGUAGGUGCCAGGUACGACCGAGCACGGAAAGGUGUGCUUCUUUAACACCCUCCGAGUUCCAACCCACAGGAGGCUGAACGCGUAACACCCCCUCCAACACACCAAGGCCUCCUCGGCACACCAAGCGACCCGUCCCGACGGUAAUAGUGGCAAGUUACCGCUCAAGGACUAACUGAAUAAACAGAACCAUGGCGUACCACGCUAAGGCUAUCCACGGGCUGGGCUGGACGCUGCUGGUCCUGGGGACGCUCAGCAUCAUCCUCGGUACCGCCGCCGUCGCCACCAUGGCGUCCAAGAACCGGCCCACCUUCCUCACCUACAUCGCCGGGCCCAUCUGGAGCGGCAUAUUCGUUCUCAUCACUGGAAUCCUGGGAGUUGUGAGCGGGAAGAAGCCCACAAACAAAUGUCUGAUCGUGGCGUUUAUGGUUCUGGGAAUCUUCACCAUCCUCGCGACCUUCUGCAGUUUCGGCUUGGCGGUGACCGGAGCAAUCGUAGACAGCUGCUACAGGCACUGGCUUGAUUAUCCAGACUACCACGACUACGUGUUCCCUUCUGACUACGAUUACUACAACGGCACUGCCACGAACUUUACUACGGUCCAUUAUUUUGACCUUGAUCGUCACCCGCCUGAACCGGUACCCGGCUACAGCAAUAGGGAUGACUGCACGACCACGGCUAGGGCUCUGCAUGGGGUUAACGCGCUGCUGGCGUUCGCGGAGCUGGUUCUGGGGUUCGUGGUCUCCAUCAUGUGCUGCUGCGGACUGUGCAGCGCCACCAACACACCGAAUGUGAUCUACGGUCCUGGCGUGGCUCCAGCACAGAUCAUGUCUGACGGACAGGGCGGGUUCAUCCUACUGCAAGCAGUUCCUGCUUCGCGACAGUUCGGAGCUCAGCAGCAGGUGUUCCUGGCGCCCCCCGGCGGUCCACAUGCGCCUCUGCAGGUGUACUACACCGGGGGACCGGCACCGCCGCAGUACGCCCAGCCGGGCGGGAUGGGGGCCGCUGCAGCACCGCCGCAGUACGCCCAGCCGGGCGGGAUGGGGACAGCUGCAGCACCGCCGCAAUACGCCCAGCAUGCCGCUACCCAGGCGGCAGAAGCGCCGCCCAUGGAAUCUAAGACUCCACUCUCUGCAUAGACUCUGCCAUUACUGUGUUAUACAGAUGCCAGAUAUGUACGUACAGGAGAAUAGUCCAGCGAUUCUCUACGUACGUACCAUGACUAAGUCAUGAUUAUACAUGUAUGUACAUGUAAUAUGACAGAUUUCUUUCCGAUUGUUUUGUGAAUUGUAUUCUGUGUAAAUGAGUAUCUGAAAGGUACGUUAAGAUACUUAUACUUAAGAUAACCCUUAAAAUUCUUUGAAACCAAGAUAUUGUAGGGAAAACUUUGCUAUAAUAGUCCGCCAUCUUGAAUUUGCUGCCGAUGUCAC